AAUUUGCGGAAAGGCGUCGAAGGCAUAAGACAUGAACACAUAUCUGGUUAUAGGUUUUACUUUAUUAUCACCUUUAUCCUAUUUAAUAUCAUCAGCACCGGUGAAAUCUCUAGCCGAGCAGUUACGGUUAAACAUGGAUUAUUGUGGAAACUUAACUAAAGUAUCCAAUUCAGAAAAUGUUGGGAAAGCUAAAAAGUAUCUUGAUGAAGAAUUACUGAACAUUUCGAAAAAAGAUUUUAAUAUUCACUCAAAGGAAUAUAAUAAAUUGACUGAGGAAUUAUAUGAAAUGUUAUAUGGAUUGUACAACUAUAAUAAAAAAGACAAUCCACAUUGGGAAUGUUUCGAUGCUAUCUAUUCAGCUCUAAACACAAUGGCUGAUGAAAUCAGUGGUUAUAGCAAAAAGCAUGAAAAGUUAAAGAAUAUAGGCAAAUACGAAAAGACAGUUAUCUCAUUUUCUUAUUUAUUAUCUCAAUAUCUUAAACAUAUCAAAUUUUCAUGA